AUGGAAAGGCGACUCCAUUGGCGGGUGAUCACUGGGGGCGCUGUGGGCCAGAGCAAGUCUUCUCUCAUGUUCAUUAACAAAGUGCCGGCCUCAGUAUCCUUGAGCAGCUCAGAGGGCGGUGAAAAGUCAAUGAUUCUCAGCCAUGUUCAACAAAGACGCAGACGGAAAAGCGCCUCCAGGAAGCGUGAGAAGCAUAACCAAACAGCCACCCUUUGCACUCUUCUCUCCAACAAUGGCUCGGAUCCUUUUCACUGCACUAUAGCUGGCCUGGACGCAGGAGACCACAGCAUGCUCAAGCUUGUGUUUGGCAAAGGAACAAAGUUGACCUUUUUGGUCGAAGCAUUCGCUCCAGCAUCCAAGUCCACUGAUAUUACACACAUGAGGCAUGAGGACAUCAUCAACGAGCGCCUGAGACGAUGCGUCACCGAUGAAGCUCUGAUGUAUUCAACACUGGCCUACGGGUCAAGUCUCCAGGGGUGGAUGGCUGGGAUCAUCUCGGAACGCCGGCCUCCAGAAUAUUUCACAGGCAAAGCCCUCCAGGCCGUGAGGAUGCGCCUUGCUAGCCAAUCAAGAUUCAAGGUCGAUAACUGGAUUAUGAUCUCCAUCUAUAGCCUGGCUAUUACACAAUUCUGGAAUACCACUCCAAGCAUUUGGGCGCGAUAUCCAAUGAGAGCCUUGUCCAUCCUUGAAGUCGACGCCUUGGCAUCCAACUCUGCUCGACCCCAUCUUGAUAUUAUGAACAAUCUGGUGUCUGAAGCCGGCGGGUGGAAGAAAUUCGACCCUUACAUUUUGGAGAGCACGAUUCUAGCAGACAAAUAUAUAUCCAUCACCAACUGGGAGGCUCCUACUCUGCCCUUCACAUGGGAUUUAGGGCCCUUGCCAACGGGGCUGAUUGACUAUGAACACUCAGCAAGCUCAAUACCAACUUUAGGAACUGGGUUCAGAAUCGUCCCAAUUACCGGGAGUCUGCAACGGAUUGUUGAGGAUAUCACGGACUACGUCCACUUCGCCGAAGCUUACUGGGCAGGAACGCGGAGAUUUCACCAUCUCGAACACCACCUUUUUCUCAGGCUCCAGGCCUUGCUCUACCGCUUACUCUUGCUUUCAAACCUCGACGACAUCAACAGCUCAAUCAGACUGACUGCGAUGAUUUUCCUUUUAAGUGCGACAGAGUAUCACGGAGCCCAGGUUUCAGCAGCAACACUGCUCCCAAGACUUCGUUCCAGCCUGCUAGCUGCCCGGUUUUGGGAGGGCGUAUUCGAUGAAGGGGUGCGUCUCUGGUGCCUUGUUACCGCAGCCAUGACUACUCAGAAAUCUGUGGAUCAGAGUUGGUUUUUGUCAAUGGUCGAGAUAUACUCAACGACGAUUGAGGAUGAAGCCCUUGAGGACAAGUUGUGUAAAUAUCUUUUUCUCCCCUCGCGACAAGCUUCUCGUCUCAGAAGUUUAGGAUUCUGA